UUUGCAUUCAGUGUUGCAUUUGGAAAGUGUUGCAUAACGAAAAUUUAUGCCGUGGGUUGGCGGUAAAAUUUAAUUUUUGUCUACAACGACGACAAAAUCAAAUCAUUAAGCUUAAAUCUUAAAAAGCUUUUUAACGUCAUUAUUUAUCAACUGGGCUCAAACUGAAAUGUCAAUCGGGUUUAAGUGAGUUUAAAUAUCGAAAAAAGUCAAAUGCUCAAUAUGAGUCAAAUGCAAAAGCGCACUCGGCAGCGUGGUAGGAACUUCUCGCCUUCCGAAGAAAUCAUGCUUUUGGAGCUUCUCCAACCGUUCAAAGAAGUUAUCGAUAAUAAGAAAUCCGACGCGGCCACAUGUCAGUUAAAAAAAGAGGCCUGGGAGCAGUUAGCUAAUCAGUUUUCACUCCAAACUGGCAUGCCGCGAUCCUGGAGGACCCUUAAGGAUAAGUACAAAAAUAUGAAUACCAAGUUAAAGAUGGAGGGAAAGAUGUUUCCAAACUCUAUGAAUUCGCUGGAACCUCCUAGCAGUUGUGUUUCUGUUGUGUAUGAGAACACCAUGGACCAGGCUAAGUCUUCAGAAAAUCAAGGCGAAUAUUUGGAAGGAAAAACUAUUAAAACUGAAUUUAUUCAGCCAGAGAAAAUUCCGGUGGACUUGGAAACUUCAACAAAAUCAACUCCUUCCCCUAUUCAAAUGAUAAAGACAAAGAGAUUUGUUUUUAAACGGAAGUGCCCAUUGGAAGAUAUGCGAAUUAAACUAAUCAAAAAUCAAAUAAAGUUCUAUUAUGAUGAAAAUAUAAGGGCUUCUAAUAAAAAUGCCCAUGAACUAAAAUUAAUUUAUGAUGAAAAUAUAAGGGCCGCUGAGAAACAUCGCCUGGAACUAAAAUCAAUAAGUCUAAAAAACGAACUCCUGCAAUUAGAAUUAGAAGAAAAACGUCUGCGCAUUGCUAAAUUGCAUUGUAAAUUCUGCGCAUAAAUGAUAAGUUUAAUUUAAUAAAACAGAAGAAAUAUUAUACAAAUAAUAUAGUA